AUGGAUGUCACGGUGAGUGUUAGCAUCUACAUUUUCGAGGACGAAAGUUCUUUUGUCGAGAGAAAAGAGAGUCAUGAGAUCUAUCGAGAGAUCUAUGGCGAUCCAAUCUACGACGUUUAUGAAGAUGAUGAGAUCUACAGAGAAAUUUGUGGUGAUCUCAUCUACGAUACUUAUGAAGACGAUGUCUUGAACGUUGAUCAUGUUGAUUUCGUGUUCAAGGAAGACGUUUUCAGAAACGACCGUGCAAACUGUGUGCAGAAACGAAGAUAUUCUAGGUCUCAAGAGAAACAAAUCUAUGAAGAUUUCGGUUCGUGCAAAAUCGGCGCGGAUCCGGUUUGUGAAGAUUUCGUGCAAGAUCCGGUUCGUGCAAAAUCGGUGUGGAAAAACCGAUUGAGAUUCGAGGACGAAUCUUUCUUGGCCGGCGAGACCUGA